AUGAGGCAAAAAAUUAUUUUGUGUUGUUUAAUUGUUACAAGUGUGAGAGGAGAUAAAAUAGACAUUUACGAUACGAAAAUAGACUCUACAGAACGUCUUAAGAGCGAUGCGAUAAGUCUCAAUAUUUAUAUGAUUCUUAGGGAGUUGGUUGAAACGUGUCUGACGAAUAAUUCGAAUCCUGUAAUGAUCUCCAAAGAAUUAUUCGACUAUAAUUGGAAUCCAAAUAAAAAUCCACUAAUUAUAAUCGACAACGUAUUCAAAAAGCAGAUCACAAGUUUUUUCCCUGCGUAUCCAACGUACGUACUUUUUUUUCAGUCGAUUGAAAGUCUGAAGGAAAUUAUUAAUCAUCUCAAGCAAUCGGCACUGUGGAGCAUUAAAUCACCCUUUGUGAUCGUGGAAACCGAAUCACGUUGCAAAAAUACUAGAAGAGUUCUAGAAUUCUUGUGGAAGAAGGAUUUAUUGUCAGUCUAUUACUUGUGCAACAAAAAAGAUUUGACGGCUAUCUUCACGCUGAAUCCUUAUGCAAGUUAUGCUCCAAAGCCGUGGGUCCUAAUUGAGAAAUUUGGUGACAGUACCAAGAAUAUUACCUUCUACAGCUUACAAUAUUCAAAAGACCCAGAACUUUGUAAAAGUAUAACUUUCGAAAAGACGGAUCAUUUAAAAAGUGCGGACAUAAAGUUUACAUAUUUCUCUUCUACUGAUAAGCUGUUAAAGAAACAAUUUCAUGAUGAUCAACUAAAAGAAUUGAUAAAUAGGAAGGUAACGAAUCUAUUCAAUAUACCGGCUUAUAUUAAUGCUACCCCGACACUAGAGAUUAUUAAACGUGCAAAUUCAUCUCAAUUAACGCAAGGUUUCAUUCAACAAUUAGUUGAUCAAACACAUGACGUUCAUGGGUCAUUGAUGCCGGUAACAGAAACUGAUUAUAAGUAUGUAGAUGUAAUUGCGGACUAUUUUCACGAACAUGAGUUCUUUAUCUUGACCAAAAAGGCAGAUUUUUUUACUGUAAUCAACGAAGUAUCUAGCGAUGUAGACUUUGUAGUUAUGACAAUCGCGGUGUUUGUUAUGUUCACGAUAGCUUUGGUGCUCAUCAACAAAGAAGACAUAUGCGGGGCUUUAAUGGAUAGCAUGAGAUUAGUAGUCAGCAUGGGACUUGAAUCUCCGCUUAACCGACUGGCGAUGAAGUUCAUAUUCUUUUGUGGAUUUCUGUUCGCGUUCUUAAUAGUUCCCGACUUUCAGGGCCACGUAUCUGCAAUCCUGUCAAAUCCUAUGAGACGCAAUUUCGAGACGCUAGAAGGACCUCUACGAAAAUAAGUUCCAUGUGUACUACUUCGACAAAGUGGGACGUCAUAUUAUUAAUAAACAGUUGUGGGUCACUGAUGAAGACACAAAAUAUCUUCAUCCAUGUACUUCUGAAGAGUUGCAAAAAUGUUUUAUAAACGCAAAAACGAAUGUUACAAUAGCUUGUAUACAAUCGAAAAAUUUUAUACAGCGUUUUGCUGCUAGGAACACCGACGUGCAUGUGUCAAAAAUGCCAAUCUUCAAGAAGCAAUUCGUUUAUUGGGCCAGGAAAAACUGGCCCUUAAAGAGUAAGUUCGAUAAAGUGGCGUUGGAGACUUCAGAACCUGGUGUAGUAGCAGAUCUGGAAUCAGCAAAACGGUAUGAAGGAUGAGUCAAAACUAAAACAAUUAAGAAUCGGAUAAAGGCCAGGGAAGAGUACGACCAAUUCGACUAUGAUGAGUUGGUGUUUAUUUAUUAUUUUGUCGGAUUUCUUUCUGCGUUUGGUGCUAUAGUAUAUGUGAUUGAAAUCAUAUGGGCAAGAUGUAUUAGAAUUCAUUUAUA